AUGGAGAUCCUGAAUUCAGUGAUUACACUCGUGGCAGAAGUACUUAUUCCUGAUGGAGCAUUGGACUUGAUCAAGGAGACGUAUUCUUCGAUCCGUGGCGUGAAUGAAGAUGUAGAUAACCUCUCAAACAAGCUCAAUGAUAUCAAAGAUGUGAUUAUAGAUGCGGAGAACAAGCAAGUGAACAAUCCACAGCUGAAAGAAUGGGUCAGAAAGGUCAAGGAGGCUGCUUUUGAUGCUGAAGACUUACUGGAAACUUUUGCAGCAGAAGCAAAUCUGUGGAAAAAAAGGCAGAGUACGGUACGUAACCCCCUUCCUUUUUUACGCAGACCAUUAACUAGAUAUGAUACUGCACGCAAGAUCAAGGAUAUUUCAAAAAGAUUUGAUAUAAUUGAUGAAGAAAAAAACAAAUUCUAUCUCGCCCAUAUCAAAGAUAAUGGCGGUAGGCCUGAGACCCAAAUCGACCCGGGCUUUUUGGUGGACAAGUCGGAUGUAGUUGGCAGGGAGGAUGAUAAAGAAAGCAUAAUACAAAUGCUGCUUUCGAAUGAACUUGAUCAAGAAGGCGAAGUUUGUGUGAUUCCAAUAACAGGAAUGGGAGGCCUGGGCAAAACAACUCUUGCUCAACUUGUCUUCAACGAUGAUAGAGUAAGUAAGGACCAUUUCAACCCAACCAUGUGGGUCUGCAUCACAGCUGAGUUUGAUCUCACGAGGAUUCUUAAAGAAAUGAUUCAAUUUCAUUCCAAGAUGAAAUUGGAGGACUGCUCCACAAGCCACCUACAGUUACGACUUCAAGACAUCUUGAGAGGAAAACGUUUCUUACUUGUUCUAGAUGAUGUUUGGACAGAGGAUAUCUCAAAAUGGUAUUCCCUGCGAGUUCUCUUAAAACAGGGGAAAAAGGGUAGCAGAGUUUUGGUAACCAGUCGGAGUAUCAGGGUUGGGGAAAUUGUAGGCACUCAACCUUCCUAUCGUUUGCAAUAUUUGCCUGAAAAUGAAUGCUGGUCCUUGUUUGCAAAGAUUGCAUUUGGGAAUAUUGGCACAACUUUAUCCAGCGAGAAGCGGGAAGAAUUGGAAGAAAUUGGUAGAGAAAUCGUUAGAAAGUGCCAAGGUCUCCCUUUGGCAGUCAAGGCAAUGGGAGGUCUCUUGCGCGGUCACGUUGAUGUAAACAAAUGGCAGCAAAUUCAAAGAAAUGAAAUAUGGGAAAUAGAAAACCAGAACCCUGCAGCUGACACUCUCAAUGUCAUGGGUCUUCUAAAAUUGAGCUAUAACCACCUACCUUCUUAUCUAAAGCGUUGUUUUGAGUAUUGCUCCUUGUUUCCUAAAUCCCAUGUGUUCUAUAAGGCAGAGUUGGUCAAACUCUGGAUGGCGGAAGGAUUUAUAGAAUCCUUGGGACAAGAUACAAUGGAGGAGACUGGGAUUGCAUAUUUUAGUGAGCUUUUAAUGAGGUCCUUCUUUCAACCUUCAAGCAUUGACAACAAUCAGAUAUUCAACAUGCACGAUCUUAUGCAUGACUUGGCAACAUCAAUUUCAAGCCCCAAUUACUGUCAGGUGAAGGACAACGAGUUCAGUUUCUCUGAACAUACUCGUCACGUGUCCUUGCUCGGUAAAGAUGUCAAGCAACCCAUGUUGGCGAUUGUCAAAAUUGCUCCGAAGCUGCGCACACUUCUACUGCCUAAUGGCCACAUGGAAAACUUUGGUCAAGCCCUUGACAAAGUGUUCAAUACAUUGAAAUACAUGCGGGGGUUGGAUCUUAGUUCAACCCAGAUCAAGGAAUUGCCUGACUCAAUUAAAGAGUUGAAGCUGUUGCGCUACCUUGACCUCUCUAGAACAGAAAUCAGACUUCUCCCCAACUCAAUUUGCAAUCUCUUCAAUUUGCAAACGCUGAAGCUCUUGGGGUGCAUUUGGCUUUCUAGUUUGCCACAAAGUAUGGGGAAUUUGGUUGAUCUUCGAUACCUUGAGCUCGAUGAUAUGUUCUGGUUGAAGCUAUCCAGGUUGCCACCAAGUAUGGGGAACUUAACCAAUCUACACAAUUUGCCUGUAUUUCACGUUGGCGACGAAGAAGGAUAUGAAAUUGAACAAUUGGAGAACAUGGUGUAUCUUUCAGGAACAUUGCAUAUCUCAAAGCUAGAGAAGGCACUCAAUGCAGGAGCUGCCAAAUUGAAUGAGAAGAAGAGCCUUGACAAGUUGGUGUUUGAAUGGAGUAAUAAAGUUGUCCAUACACAAGAUGAAGCAAUUGAAAACAGUGUACUCGAACGUCUAGAACCUCACUCAAACCUCAAAAAGCUCCAGAUUUUACGUUAUGGGGGCAAUGAAUUUCCUGCUUGGAUGAGAGAAGGGGGGCUCCAAAAUUUAGUCAGUCUUACCUUGAAUGGUUGCCUAAAAUGCAAAACCCUCGAUCUAGGUGAGCAAUUACCCAAUCUUCGAGACCUCUACAUCAAAGGUAUGCAGGAGUUAGAGAAAUGGACAGAGGUCAAAUGCUACUCCCUUCGCUUGCUAAAGUUGAGUAAUUGUCCGGAGCUAAGGGAGUUGCCUAACAUCUUUCCAUAUUUAGAUUACUUGAAGAUCAAGAGAUGUAAUUCCUUAAGGGUUCUUCCAGUGGUCCCAUAUUUGGAGAUUCUAAUACUCAUUGACAAUCUUAUUCUGGAGGAUUGGCAUGAAGUAAAUAUAGUGAUGGAAGUUGAUAAUGAUCAAGGCCAACCUGAAAUCACUCGCCGACCUUCUUUGAUUGAAGUGUCAGAACUGAAAGUAAUUAGCUGCCCCAAGCUGCAGGCAUUGCCACAAAACUUCAAUCCAAAAAAGCUGGAGAUCCAUGGGUGUGAGUUGCUUUCCACUCUCCCACCACCACACCAUGCUCAACGUCUUGAGCAUUUAGCUCUGGAUGCAAGUCAUGAUGGAGAAUUAGUGAGGGCAAUGCUAGAUCCCAGCUCUCUGCAUUCGUUGGUUAUUUCAAACAUAUUCUCACUUCCCAAAUGGCCCCGACUUCCAGGGCUCAAGGCGUUGUACAUUCGUGAUUGCAAACAUCUGGUGUUCUUGUCCGACACAGAAGAAGGGUCGCUGCAAACCUUGACCUUUCUCAAACUACUUUCCAUUCGAAAUUGUGAAAAGCUGGAGACACUAAAUGAGAAGCUACCCACUUCGCUGGAGUGUUUGAUUAUCGCAUCAUGCCCCCUUCUCAAGUCAUUUUCACUGAACAACCUCCCUUCACUCACUGACCUUUACAUUGAGGAUUGCCCUUUGCUCCAGUCCAUGCCCGAGGAUGGGCUUCCCAACUCUCUUCAACAUUUGCUAAUCCAAACAUGUCCUCUGUUAUCUCAGCGAUGCCAGAAGGAGGGUGGAGGAGGUCCAGAUUGGCCCAAAAUUGAGCACAUUCCUGACCUGGAGAUUGAUAUACUCAUCCCCUCAACAUCACUAUAG